AUGAAUCGCAUCAGCUUUGGCAUGGAUGAUGCUGAAGAGAAGUGGUGGCCCAACAAGCCACUGGAGAAGAGCAGCCCUGCAUGGAUGUGGAAACUGCAGAGGCAACACCUUGCAAAAGGUGAGAACAGGAACAAGGCUGGGAAGAAGAAGGGGUCUGGGACCACUUCCCAGGCCCCUGAUGAGGAGGGGCCACCUUUGGGAAAGGGUGAUGUGGAGAUGGAGAAGGAAGCACCUUUGGAAAAGGGUAUGGAUGACAAGGUUGGUGAAGUGGAAAUGAAGGAGGAAGAACCUGUGGAGAAGGAGGGAGCACAGGGUGGUGUGCAAAUGAAGGAGGAGACACCUUUGGAAAAGGGUGAAGAUGAUUUGAUGAAAGGUGAAGGCCUCUCCAUGAGGCAGGAGGUGGAGAAGAAGAACAAAAGGAAGAAGAUCAUGGUGGACUACCGCAACACCCUGGCCAUCAAUGACCACAUCAUGAUGCCUUGGAGUGUUGGCUCCAAGACAAGCCUGUGCAUCCAGCAUGGCUGCACCAUCAUGUUUGAUGAUGCUGGGGACAUCUUGCAGGAGGCUGUCAGCAAGGGCAUCCAGGUGUACCCCAUCAGGAAGACCAUGCACUGGCACUGGUGGGCUGACAAGGAAAAGGAGUCACAGCAGGAGGAAGAGGAGGCAGAGCAGAAGCAGCCACAGCAGUGCCUCACCUUUGAGAAAGGGUCGGUCUAUCAGCAGUGGCAGCAGGGCCAGCAGCAGGGGCAGCAGGAGCUGGCCUGUGAUGAGGAAGGGCCACCUUUGCAAAAGGGUGAUGAGGAGAUGGAGAAGGAAGCACCUUUGGAAAAGGGUAUGGAUGACAAGGUGGGUGAAGUGGAAAUGAAGGAGGAAGAACCUGUGGAGAAGGAGGGAGCGCAGGGUGGUGUGGAAAUGAAGGAGGAGACACCUUUGGAAAAGGGUGAAGGUGAGAUGAAAGGCACACCUGGCACACCUUUGGAAAAGGGUUAUUUGGGCAUGCACCAGCCCAUGUCUCUCUUCCCCAAGCCAGGUGAAGGCCUCUUUAUCAGGCAGGAGGUGGAGGAGAGGAAGAAAAUGAAGAAGAUCAUGGUGGACUACCACAACACCCUGGCCAUCAAUGACCACAUCAGCCAGGAAAGUUCUGAUGCCUUGGAGUCAUGA